CCGGAGCUGGUGCGCUGUUUGACGCACAGCAGCCCGGAGGAGCAGAGAGGGAAGCAGAGGCCGUUCACUGGUGUUCUCUGAUCUCACACAGCAGGGUGAGGGGAUACAGGAGCAUGGAGCCGGCCACACAUAGAGAAAGAGUCGUUUUAUAAAGUUUGUUCUAGGACUCGACAGGAUUGGAGGAUUGGAAUAGUCUCCCUCUGACUUAAAAAAAAAAAACUUUGCAUCCAGCGCCGUUGAAAAUGGGCCGUGUGGGGAUUUGGAUUAACGCAAUUUGGAUUUUACUUUUUGCCAUUUUUCAUGGUUCUCUUUCGAACUAUUCCGAGGACCAAUGCAGCUGGAGAGGAAGUGGUUUGUCCCAGCAGCAGGGCAGCGUGGAGCAGAUCUCCCUCCACUGCUCCGAGGGCACCCUGGACUGGCUGUAUCCCAAAGGUGCCCUGCGCCUCAGCCUCUCGCCCCGCCUGCCCUCCGUGGCGGUGGGGCCCGGCGGCAGCAGCUCGGGCCUCAUCACAGCCUGCGUCAAGCCCUCGGAGCAGUUCCACGGGGCCCAGCUCUACCUGGAGAGGGAUGGAGUGCUGGAGCUGCUGGUGGGGGACCGCCUGGAGUCCUCACCCCCGCCCAGGGUGAGGUGCUUCAGCCGGUUGCCCGGGGAGAGGGUGGCCCUCUACCUGCAGGCAACGCCCCACCAGGACAUCAGCCGGAGGACCGCCUCGUUCCGCUACGAGCUGAGGGGGGACUGGACCGCUCGGCUGUCGCUGGACACCAACAUCAUCAGCAGUGAAGAAGCCUGCAGACCCUGCAACAACACGGAGAUUCUGAUGGCUGUUUGCACCAGUGACUUUGUGGUGCGUGGUAACAUCUGGUCAGUGAUGGAAGACGACAACUUGCGGGCGGCGGUGAUCAAGGUCAGCGCCACUCGCGUGUUCCGCCAGAAGUACGCCCUGUUCACCGGCAACAGCCGCCUGACCAGCAAGGGCGAGAUCAGGACUCUGAUGCAGUGUGGCGUCAAACCGGGACGCGGCAGCUUCCUCUUCACCGGUCGCGUCCACUUCGGCGAGGCCUGGCUGGGCUGCGCUCCCCGCUACAAGGACUUCCAGCGGGCGUACACCAUAGCCAAAGCAGCCCAGCAAAUACCCUGUGAACUGGCUGUAGACUGACUGCAGCCUAGUGUGGUAGCUUGUCUAUGACACAGAACCAUGCUGGACUCGAAGCCAGGCCAAAGUCAGCCCUGUUCCACGUUUCGGGAAGAAGCCACGGCGCGCGACCGUUUGCCGACGUUGCCCCGGAGCCACCGACGGGUAAUCCCAAAGGGCUGAGGAGCGAAAUGGACUUUUCAAACACCAUUUCAGUGCAAUACACAGUCACCAGGUCCAGAAGACCCAGUGGUGCUGUGACAUGGGGGGAAAUGGAGAUUAUAAGCAUUUGGCAUUGGAAAGUUGUAUGAACAGUGAUGCCGCUUCAGAGAAAGUCUUAAAUUACGUUAAGCCAUUAAUUCAGGCCCUCGUCAGACUCAUUGCUCAGGAACUCAGGAACAUUUGUGAGAACUUUGACAGAAAGUGUCCUGCCUUGUAGUUGAGAUCCUGGUGAGGAUGCACCGCAGGCUGCGGUCUACAGUUUCAAAAUGGCUGCCUUUUUACCGCAGUUCAGAAAACAUCAAAUCACAGGACAGUGAUGUGGGUUUUUUAUUACUCCACCUCCAAUGGGGUCAUUCUCUAGUUACUAUUAUUAAAGAGAUUAUAAUAAAAAAAAGUUAAUGUUAAGAGAAUAUUUGCACUGAUUAAAGAAAGGGAAUGAUCUGGAAAGUGUGAUGCUGCAAGCACUGAAAACCAAAUAAGAGAAGCAACUAUAUGUAGCAUAGCGGAGCGAUUGAGAAUUUAAUAUAUGUACAGAUGAUGUGAGCACGUAGACGAGUGACACGCGGCUGAGGCGACCUGAGCAGGUUCCACAGCUCCAUGUGCACUUUUCAUUUGUUCUGGCCAACUCAGAGAUUUUGUUUCUGAAGGGAGGAUGCGGUCUUCGCUGCUCUCUCCUGUUUGAAAACGAUCCAACAACUGCCUUUUAGAAGACAAAUCUGAUGUCACGUGCAAGAAAGACUCAAAUAAUCUCAGUGGAAAGACUUAUUUCUACCCAAGGCUCACUUUGCAUUUAUAUAACUUCUUUUAAACGAUUUCAUAUCUGAUGUGCACUAUGUCAACACGAGGAAGGGGUUCAUACCAAAUGACCAUGAUGAGCUGAAGCGCUAUGUCUUAAGAGCGUACACUGCCAUUUUACUGUCUGUCAUUUUUUGUCAUGUGAAUUUAUGUGAAUAUAAAUGUGAAUGUAAAUAUGUUUAUAAGAAAUUCUAGAAACAACGGCACGAAUAAUGCCUUUGGAAAAAAAACUUUGUUCCCGAAUUGUGGAUUAUUUUUAUGUUUGUCUGUGUUAUUAAAAAUAUUACGUGAGAAAACACA